ACGGACUCAGACGCGGCAGUCUGGCCGAGGGUGGGGUUCUUACGUUGUUUGGCACUGACAAGAGUUGCCACAGGGGUGCGAAGAUUUCCCCUGUACGUUUGCCGAGAUUCCCCAGAACGUUCCGCUCGCCUUGCCACCGUUUCUUCAGCAAACGAGGACACUCGCGCUGACGCAACCGCGGUCUGCUCCCUGGGUUUCUUCAGGCUCGGCGGCGGGGGCCUUUGGCGCCUGGAGUCGCUCACGGGGUCCCGCGAGCACCGUUCGUGUUUCCCUGCUCCUCCGCAGGCUGCAGCAGUUCCUCAGUCCCGCUGUGACUGUCACGCGUCCGUGUUCCAUAGAAGGCUCUCAGUGGGGGUUUAUCUGGUGUUUGCUCACGAGUGCUUUCAGUUAUGCGUUUUGGGUGAGAAAACCUCGACAGUGAAAUUGUGUUCUCAGUGCGUCUACUCGGGAGGCACGUGAUGCCGCUUGUCUUAGUUGGACUUUGGUCGCUGGUUUGGGCGGUGUCUCCGUCAUGGAGUGACCGUUCUCCCCUUGUGAGUGAUAACCGUCUUGUGGGGAGAUCCUUGGAGGCUACGGAAAUGCUCGCUCAUUUCAGCAGCGGCAGUGCGAGUUUCCUGAAACGGUUGCUCCAAAUUUGUGGUCAGCCAAACAGAAGUGUGAUUAAUUCCACUGUCACAUCUGCGGAUCAGGUGACCUGCAGGUUCACCUCUGACUUGGAUGUGUUUUGCUUUGAUGAUCUGGUCAUCUUGGCGAGGGCUGCCACAAUGCUGCCGCCGCCCUCGGAGCAGGCCCUGAAUGAGCUGCUGGUUCGCAAGGAGGAGGAGUGGAGAGCGCUGCAGGCCCACCGCUCCCAGCUGCAGGAGGCGGCCCUGCAGGAGGCGCAGAACCGGCUGGAGGAGGCGCAGGGGAAGCUGCGGCGCCUGCAGGAGGACUUCGUCUACAAUCUGCAGGUGCUGGAGGAGCGGGACUGCGAGCUGGAGCUCUAUGACGCCGUGUUCGCCCAGGCCCGAGGGCUGGAGGAGGCCAGGCAGGCCGAGGUGAGCGAGCUCAAGAUCGAAGUGGCCAAGCUGAGGCAGGCGCUCACCACGGAGGCCAGGCGGCUGGCAGACAUGCAGCAGCAGUACCAGCUGAAGUUGCAGGAGCAUUGCCUGGAGCUGGAUCGGGUCCACAGUGACAAGAACAGUGAGAUUGACCACCAGCGGGAACAGUAUGAAAACCUGAAAUGGAAGCUGGAGAGAAGGCUUAAGGAGCUUGAUGGCGAACUUGCUCUGCAGAGGCAGGAGCUGCUGCUGGAGUUUGAAUGCGAAACGCAGAAGAGGGAGCACGAAUUCCGCCUGUGGGCUGACGGCAUGAGCAACGUGGUCUUAACGCACGAGCUCAAGGUCAAACUAUUGAACAAAGAGCUUGUGGCUCUGAAGGAAGCUGGAGCAAAGGCAGCAGAGUCUCUACAGAGCGCUGAGAUGGCCAACUCGGAGCUGGAGAAAAGGCUGCAGCACAGAGCCUGGGAGCUCAGGAACCUCACCACGGUGAGAGAUGCCCGGAUAAAAGACUUAGAGGGUAAGCUUCACUCUGUGCAGCUGACCAGGAGAAAAGAAAAGGAAACGUGCAGGAAGAAGCAUGAGGAGCUCGACCAUCGGGCCAGGGAAAGGGACGAGGUGCUGGCGGUGGUGAAGGGUGCCCACGUGGAGCAGCUGCGGGUGCUGGAGGCAAGGGCUCUGGAGCUGCAGGCCCACUGCGAGACCCUCGAACUGCAGCUCCGCAGGGCCGAGCGCAGGCAGAUGGACGCCUUGAAGGAGAAGAAUGCCGUCAUUGACAAACUUCGGGAAGACGCGGCAGCUCUAAAAUCUGGCUGGGAUGCCCAGAUUGCUCGACUGUCCAAGGAGAUGAUCUCCAAAGACCUUCAGGUUCAUUCGCUGCGGGAAGAAGAGGUGAUGCUCAAGGCACAGCUGGCCAGAUGCCAGCAGGACAUCGGAAGGUAUAAGCAGCAGCUGUCUCUGGCAGCAGAAAGGGAGCAGAGCCUGGAACGUGAUAAGGUACAGCUGGAACUGGACUGGCAACGUCGCUGUGAGGGCCUAGAGAGGGACCAGUUCCAGAGGUCCGAGGAUCUGAUUCAGGCUCUGAUCACGGCUAAAGAGCAGGUUACUGCCAAGCUCCAGGAGACAGAGCGGACACUGUGUGACCGGGAGGUGGUGCUGAAGGCCCUGACCCUAGAACGAGACCAGGCCGUGCAGGCGCUGAGGACACACGGGCCCCUCCCCAAGAGGGAGGUGCAGAGGCCUCCAAGUUGUCAUGAAGGAGAAAUAAGUAAAAGUUUUCCGUCUAGUGAGAUCCAGCGGCUACAAGAGCAGAACUCAAGCUUGCGAAAUGCUGUUGCACAAAUGAGGAAAGAAAUGGAAACUCUGAGUGAUCAAAUUCUUCCUUCUGCCCAGUCAGGAGGAGAGACUUCAGAUACAAACCAACCUGAUCCAAAGACAACAGCAGAUGCCGCCACUCCUGAUUAUGUGCUGGCCCUUGAAGCAGAAAUACGAGGUCUAAAGCAUAAAUUUAAAACCCUGGAAGAACAACUAGAAGAUAUGUUAGAUCCUUCAAAGAUGUCCUUAUCUUAUACUGAUGUUCAACCCAGCGUCCAUACCUCGACAGAAACCACUGGAGGAGCCAUGCCAGCUGAUGGUGCAUCCACGAGAUUAGCACUCAGGAGGCUUGGAGACAGGGCGCGUCUCUUGAACUUCCUGGUGACCGGGCUCAGACAGAAGGUGCUGCAGAAACCCUUGGACAUGGACACUGUCCAGCAAGAGCUUCCUCACGAAGUGGACCAAGUACACCUGGAGGUUUUGGAGCUUCAGAAACAGGUGGCUGAGCUUGAGAAGCGUCUCGGGACAGUGCGGAAGGAAGGCGGGGUGGCUUCAAGCAGGCAGCAGCUGCAAGCUUCCUGCCCCAUGGCCCUCAGGAGAGAGGACCUCACAGGCAGAGGACCCUCAGGGACUGUGGACCAGGGGACAUUCUCUGUGCACCUGAGCCCAGGGGCACAGCCCCCACAAGUCUUGUCUGUGGCCCGACUCCAGAGGAAACUAAAGGAGGCGGCCCGAAAAAUCCUCUGCCUCCGUCUGGAGAAGGAGCAGCUCCUGGAGAUGGGAAACAGGCUUCGUGCGGAGCUGGGCUGCCCCACAGCGAAACCAUCUGGUUACUCUCUUCCCAGCCCUGGGGCCCAGAACGCAGGUGAGGCACCUGAGGCACCUUUGGGACAGUUGCAGCCACACCCGCCAGCUCAGGACUCUCAGAAUGCCGAGAAAGAAUGUUUCUCCGAAUGCUCAGGAAAGAUCCAACCCUGCUCGGCACAGACAGUCUGCAGAAACGAGACUCCGCACGGCUCUACGGCGGGAGCGGUGGUGGGGCCGAGGCAGAGGCAACACAGAAGCUCCACUGUGACUUGCAAGUCAACUUGUCAGAAAGAAAACCAGUCCCCAAAGUCACUCCCGGCUCAAGAAUUCCCCGAGGAAAACGGCCACCACACCCAAAGAUCCUCACCACUUGCCAGCAGUUCCCUCCAGGACACAUGGAAGUUACUCGACCUGGGAUCCAGCCCUUCUGGCCGCACCUCCCAGGAUGACUCAACUCCAGUACCUCCAGCAGCCAAGAGUGUCCAGCACUCUGACAGGAGCCCCAUCAAGAUGCCGGCAGCCUUUGCCAUUGAAGGAAUGAAGAUGGAAACCCAGGCAAAGACCAAGCCUGCCAGGGCUCACCCUGUAAAACCUAAAGGCUGCCAGUGGCCCCCCAAGAUCCGUAACUACAACUUCAAGGACUGACUUCUUCGGCUGCCCCUGCCCCUCCCCACCCUCUUCUCCCUCCGCCCCCCCUUCCUCUCCUCCUUU